AUGAGUCAAUUAGGUGAAAUGUUGAGUUUGGGUUUGCAGGCGAGAAUAGAUUUGGAGGGUGGAGCGAGAACCAUUGUGGAGCUCUUGAGAUCUGCAGAGAGGAUGGACGGCGCAGAUCAAGCGGCGGCGAGGAGGCCCUCCUUCAAGGAACGCCUCGGAUUGAAGGCCCUGGCCUGCUGCGGCGCCACUUGGGCCCUCGGACUGGGCCUGGGGCCCACCUCCGCCACCGGCGACGUCGAGGACCAACAAACCAUAGGCCCACAUGAGGUCGAGCCCAUUCCCUCGGCCCGGGACCCCGCCGACGACGGGCCGUCGCCGCCGUGCGGGGCCCGACCGCAGGCGGGCCCUGGGAUGAACCUGGCGGCGGCGCUGGCCGCCGAGCGGCAGCUGAGGGCAACGGAGGAGCCCGCCGUGGAGGCGGAUUGCCGGAGCGGGGAGGCGGCGGAGAGGGUGUCGCUGAUGAGGCUGCUGGAGCAGUCGGCGGAGGGGAGAGGGGAGGAGGAGGAGGGGUUUGGUUGGGUGUGCUGCGUGUGCAUGGGAAGGAAGAAGGGCGCGGCGUUUAUACCGUGUGGGCACGCCUUCUGUAGGGUGUGUUCGAGGGAGCUGUGGCUCAGCCGAGGCGCUUGUCCCCUCUGCAACCGUCCUAUCCUCGACAUUCUCGACAUUUACUGA